GAGAAAACAUUUAGAAUAAGAUACCCUGCAUGUUCAAUGGCAGCUAAAAGGCACAUAGCAUCUACUACAAGUAUCUUGGAUGUUAAUAGAGUAGGAAUGUCUAAUUUCUCAAAGCCAGCAAGAUACCUCUUUUUGGAAAUUCAAAAGAUGGAUAGUAGUUACUAUCCCGAGUUCGCUACAUGGAUGGCCUUGCAGACUCUUCAUAAGCACUUUAUUAUCAAUGCUGGAUCCGGCUUCAAAAUGCUACGGAAAGCUGUUAAGACAUUCCUAGAUGUUCGCAUAGUAGCAAAAGUUCAAGUAUGGAUCAUUAUUAUGUUCCAUCAUAUUAUUCCAUUUUCACAUAUCUUGAACUAACACAAUUCUUA